GAAAAGAUGGUUAUCUUCACGGAAGAGGAGUAACUGAUAAUAAAGGACCAAUGCUAGCAGCAAUAUUUGCGGCCAGUGAAUUACAACAAGAAAAAGGAUUAAAAAUAAAUGUAUCUUUUUUAAUCGAAGGUGAAGAAGAAAGUGGUAGUGAGGGGUUUUACAGUGUUGUUAAUAAUUCAAAGGAAUUGAUUGGAGAAGCAGAUGUUAUUUUCAUCAGCAAUUCUUACUGGUAUUGUGAUCAUAUACCAUGCUUAAAUUAUGGCCUUCGAGGAGUUAUUCGCGCUACAAUUGAGAUCACAAGUUCAAAAAAUGACGUACAUUCAGGUAUGGAAGGUGGCGCUGUUUCGGAACCACUGAACGAUAUGAUUCGGGUAUUGGCAAAAUUGGUUUCUAACGAUAAUCAUAUUCUAAUACCUGGCUUUUAUGAUAAGGUCAGAUCGGUUACAGAACGUGAGGAAAAGUUGUAUGAACCUAUCGUUGAAUUAUGCGCCAGUCAAGCUCAAAACAAAAAUCCCAAAGAUCUUAAAAAUUUAUUAAUGUCUAGGUGGCGCCAUCCAACAUUAACAAUUCACAAAAUAGAAGUUAGCGGACCAAACAAUGCAACAGUAAUUCCAAGGUCUGCUAAAGCAACUGUUAGUAUGAGAAUUGUACCAGAUCAAGAUUUAGAAGAGAUUGUUUCAAGUUUUAAGCAGUAUGUUGAGUUGGUAUUUGAAGAAUUGAAGACGGACAAUGCUAUUAAUAUUACGAUAAAUAGUCUAGCAGAUUGGUGGUUAGGAGAUCCUGAAAAUCGAUUUUUUAAAGCUACUGAAGAAGCCGUUAAGCAGGAAUGGGGAAUAAAUCCACUAUACAUAAGGGAAGGUGGGUCGAUUCCAGCUGUAAGAUGGUUAGAAAAGAAAUUUAACGCGGUUGCCGUUAAUUUGCCUAUGGGUCAAGCAUCGGAUCAAGCACACUUAGUAAACGAAAGAAUUAGGUUACAAAAUUUAUACAAUGUGAAAAUAUGGUAG